AUAAAUACAUUUCUAAGAAAAUAAGAGGAAAUGUUCCACGAUAUUGCUAGUUAAAUCUCAACUAGUCCGUCAGUGAAGCUAAAAAGCAAGUAAUAUAUAAUGUUAACAAGAGGUCGUCUGUGUUGUCUUCUCCAUGUGCUGCUUUUGCCGUCCUUCUAUCAUGUAAACGCGGAGUUUGAGAAUGGAGAACAGCUCUUCAGCACUCAGCGUUUGUCAGAGUUCAAUUCCUACGGCGAUGUGACUGUGUUCCAUACAGUGAUACCCCAGCACUGUACAUCGGUAAAGUGGAGUAUUGUUGGGUUGAAAGAUAAUGUUGAAUGUCCAGAGGCAACCAUUUACGUAGGUCUACAGCCAGGCAGCAUCCCUAUCGUCAAUCCGUAUAAUACAAGCUUUCCACCGAAUACAAACAUUCAGAGUCAACGUGACCUUAACCUGUUUCUACUAAAGACCAAUCAAUCGCUGUUACUCGCAACCGACAUCCCCCCGCCAGGAGAUUGGUACGUUGUUGCAUUCUUACAGAAAAGAAACGACAGCAAGAUAUCACAGCAGGGACUAGGAGGUCUGGAGUGUAGAUAUUUCAUCCAGCUGGGAUUGUUUUAUCAGCAACUUCGCUACGUACCCUCCCUCAGCACAGAUUCAAAGACAGUCGCUGUGCUGACUCGACAACAAACGUAUGCAGUCUAUAGAUUUAACAUUCCUGCCUUGACUAAAUCGGUCACCUUCACCUAUGAGAACUGUGAGAUUGACCGGUCUAAUAAAAGCAACAGCUCCAGUGACCUGUGCCCUGUUGGAUUCCGAGUCAGUUCAGAUCAUCUGGCCGGUAACUUGACCCAAGCCAUUAACUGUCAGUCGCAGACGUCAUGUUCGUUUACUGUCAAUCAACCGGAAGACAGCACCUGGUACUACGUUCGUGUCGAUCUGACGUCGAGUAUAAUCGUGGGGAUGAAUCUGACUUUGGGAGUAGAACUACUUGCAUGUACAGACGCUGACGCACCUGAUGUGGCUUACCUCAUGAUGGACUCAUGGCAAUUUACUUCCAAUGACACUCUCCCCAAAUGGGAGCACCUGUACAACUACUCCGUGUCAUACGAUGGAGCCUCGGAGAACACCCCUAAAUCGACCCCUGUGUUCCCCUCGCGGACCCUCAUCAAUAUUUUAUCCCCUCCUACGAGCAACUUGCCCAGCCGCGAUGCCCAAACCGCAUCCGUUCCGGCUAGCUGGUGCCCCCCUGUUAUCCGCUUGUCCUCAUUCCAGUUCAGCAAAUCUAACCCAUUUAAGAUAUUUAUACAGAAUGUCAUCAAUGCAACGGGCGGCUUUGAUGUACCGCCUGAUUCUCCGGUGAUCUUGAAGUUUCAGUUGGAUUCAGUUCAGGACAUCGGAGGAACUUUAAUUAUCAGCGCUGAUAUUGGAACGGAAACUGAGGACGACCCACCAGAGUUUAAUAGCGAAGCUUAUAUAACCCUCUGUCUACGCCAAGGCAGGAUACCACACCUCACUGGCACAACUAUAUCUUGUGAUCCAGCCUACAGUGUGACAUUCAGUGCUGACGAUGCCGUCCGUAAGCUUCCAUGGAACAUACCGUUUCCACAGGCGGGGGUGUGGUACUUGUCCUUGGAGUCAAGCUGCAAGUCCCCCACUGGUAUGGGGCCGUGCAACUCAACAGUGUUAGUGAGUGUUGACAUUGGAUUGUAUGCAUGUAUCGAUGGGUGUGGUCCGUACGGAGCUUGUCACACAUCCGUAGAUAUGGGUCUACAAUACUACUACUGCAAGUGCUCAAGAGGCUAUGCUGGUUUUGGAUGCACUGACGAUUCCAAGGCUUGGUCCCAGAGUUACUUCCUAAGCAGGGUCCUUCUGCUGACGCUCAGUAACGUCUUCUUCAUUCUACCUUGUUGUCUCGCCUUGAAGCGACGCCAUUUUGUACCUGCUGUGUCUUACUUCUGCACUCUAGUCUUUUCAUCGUUCUACCAUGCCUGUGAUUCUGGCAGUUUGUGUAUCAUGAAGUAUGACACCUUACAGUUCUGUGAUUUCUUCUCUGCGUUUAUGGCCAUUUUCCUGACACUCAUAACGAUGGCCAGAUUACCAGUUCCUCUAAAAGCUACUCUAGAGAUUCUAGGAGCAUUUGGAUUGGCCUUAGGAACCAGUUACAACCGGUUCAGUAUCUGGGCUGUUGCAGUUCCAGUGGGUGUAGGUGGUGCCGUACUGCUGAUGUCUUGGUCAAGACGUUGGUAUAAACGCCGCCAGUGUUACCCCACGUCAAGAAGGAGAUGGCUAUGUUUCAUUCUGCCCGGUAUCGCAGUCAUUGUCACCGGUCUCUGCAUCUUCGCGUUCCUGGAGACGACAGACAACUACCAGUAUGUCCACAGUGCUUGGCACGUUGCCAUGGCGAUCGGCGUGCUGUUUCUACUGCCGCCGCGAGAACAGAGUGAUUACAAACUGAUAUUGAAUGAGCCUUGUGAUGAUGAUGUACUAAAUAUUCAUCAGACGUCCGAACAUUCUUCACCAAUCACUGACUAUCCAUCCGUUAUCAUCUGAAUAUUCAUCACCAAUCACUGAAUAUUCAUCAGUUAGCUUCUGAGCAUUCAUCAGCUAUCAUUGAAUAUUCAGUUGUCUUCUGAACGUUCAUCAGCAACCAUUGAAUAUUUGCUCCAGUUAUCAUCUGUAUAUUCAUCACCACUCACUGAAUAUUCAUUAGUUAGUACCUGAACAUUCAUUGAAUAUUCAUCAGUUGUCUUCUGAACGUUCAUCAGCAACCAUUGAGUAUUUGCUUCAGUUAUCAUCUGAAUAUUCAUCACCAAUCACUGAAUAUUCAUCAGUUAGCUACUGAGCAUUCAUCAGCAAUCAUUGAAUAUUCAUCUGUUGUCUUUUGAACGUUCAUCAGCAACCAUUGAAUAUUCGCUUCAGAAAUCAUCUGAAUACUCAGCGGUUAACAUCAUGGCUUGAUUCAAUGCUGAUUCUAAUUAUACAUCUCUGAAUAUUCAUCAGUUAGCUUCUAUGAACGUUCAUCAGCAACUGUUGAAUAUUCGCCUCAGUUCUUGUUUGAAUAUUCAUUAGUUAUCAUUAGGGCUUAUACUGAUUCUUAGCAUUACACUUACCUCUGCCAAUGUCUCACUGCAUGACCUCAUCAUGACACAUUUUAGUAGCUAGUCGAAGGAGCUCCAUUUUUUUUUAAGCACGAAUUGCUAGGGAUAGCGUUACUGUGAAUUUACUGUUAUCAAUGUUCUCCUUUAAGUGCGCUGGUGAAAAGGUAGAUACAACAUCCCGGGACCAGUAAAUAUGCUGGGCUCAAUUUCAAAAAGCUGUUUUAAGCAGAAAAAAACUGCUUGACAAAUUUCUUUGCUAAGCAAAAAUUGAG